AUGAUAUUUCGACGAGCAUGUGGUCUAGCAUUUUAUGCAUCCAAAAGGCCAAUAUCCACUCUCAGGCUGAGAAGUUGUUUAGUAAGGUUUAGUGUUUAUGAAACUGAGACGCGAACCUUUCACAGAUCUUGUGUACAGUUUUUGUAUGACAAGAGUAAACUGGAGGAAACACUGAAAAGGCUGAAAGAGCAAGCGACAUUAGAGGAAAAAGAAGGGCAAGCACGUAAACAGAUGGUAGAAAAAGCAAAGCAGCAAGUGGCUCUGGAACCUGUAUACAUACGAUGGCCGAAAGCCUUCAAAAAAGGUUGCAAACAUUACUAUCAUGGUUUCCGAUUGUUAUUUCUGGAAAUGCGACUAAGUGCCAAAUAUUUAUGGAGAUUCUUGCGUAGAAAACCGCUGUUACGUCGUGAAAAACAACAGCUGGUGAGAACUCUGUCCGAUGUACUACGACUGAUUCCAUUUUCUGCUUUCGUUAUCGUACCUUUUAUGGAAUUUACAUUACCUUUCUUCCUAAAAUUAUUCCCAAAUAUGUUGCCAAGCACAUUCAAGGACGCUACUAAAGAAGAGGAAAAAUUGCGAAGAAAACUGACGGCAAAACUGGAAACAGCGAAACUACUCCAAGCUGCUAUGGAAGAAAUGGCUUUAUAUAAAAAGAAAAAUGCUAAGGAUGAUGAUAAGACAGCCAGCAUUGCUGUUGAAUUUGCAGAAUUCAUAAAGAAGGUGCGUUCAGAAGGCAGUUAUGUUACCAACAAGGAUCUUCUCAAGUAUAUUAAGUUGUUUGAAGAUGAACUUACGUUGGACAAUUUGCCAGCUAACACACUUCGAGCAUUAUGUCGUCUUUUGAAUAUUCAACCGUUCGGUUCACUUGAAAUUAUCCGAUUUCAGUUAUCGUUGAAAUUGCGGGCUCUAAGAGCAGACGACCAGGAAAUAGCUUUAGAAGGUGGAGUGGAUACUUUAACGGUACCUGAGCUCCAGCAGGCAUGCAGAGCACGUGGGAUGCGUUCACUGGGAAUGAGUGAAGAGCGUCUUAAAGAGCAGUUAAAACAAUGGUUGGAGCUAUCUCUUAAUGAUAAAGUGCCGCAAUCAUUAUUGCUCCUAUCACGCACUAUAUAUCUGCCAGAGGAUAUCACAUUUAUGGAUCGUUUGAAAGCGCUGAUAACAAGUUUGCCAGAUAAUAUCGCUGAGGAAACUCGUCAAAAUUUGGCAGAGAUUGAAGGUGAUAAAGUAAGUUAUGGAGCAAGGCUUCGCCUUAUACAAAAUAUUGAGAAAGCCAUCGACUCUGAAAGAAAAGCGAUGGAAGAAGCUAAAAAGAAGGAAGCAGCCAAGAAAGCUGAAGAGGAAAAAAUAGCGACCGAAGCAGCAAAAGCAGCAGUUAGUCCAGAAGUUGAAACCGUAGCCAAGUUUCCUGUGAAAUCACCUAGCCCAGACAAAGCUUCAGUUUUGGAACUUACGCAAGCAGCAACACCCCAAGAGAAGACCAUUACGGAUGCAGGCAGUAAAUUGCAAAUUGAUGAAGAACAUGUGCAGUCAAUAGAAAAUGUUAUCCAUGGUAAUGCGAUUUCAGAAGCAAAGUAUGAUAUCAGAGAAUUAAAAGAACAAAUUAGCGAACACAAUGAGGAUCUAGAAGAAUUGGAUUCAUUUAUGAAAGAUCUAAAAGAGCCUAGGGGGGCUAAAAUACUUCGUGCACGUGUGAACAAAAUGAUGAAAAAGGCGGAUAAAUUGUUAGAAAAGCUUGAUGAAGACAAAAAAGCUAUUGGUGAAAUAUCUGAAAGUGCUGCCGAUGAGGAGAAAAAGAUGAAAGAAGAAAGGUUGAUGAGAGUGGAAGAUCUCAUAGGUAAAAUGCAAACUCUACAGAAAAUGAACGAUGAGGACAAAGAAGAAUUUCGGAAAAUAUUACAAGCUCUUGAUGAAGAUAGUGAUGGUGUAAUAAAUGUUAAUCUUGUUUUACAUGCAUUGGCUUUGUUCGGAAGCCAUAAAGAGCUUCGUUUAACAGCAGAGCAGAUCAAAACGAUUGUAGAGAUGCUAAAGAAAGAGGAACAUAUAGAAGCGAUGAAAGCAUUCCUUGCAGGAACUGCACCCUAUCCUCCCUCUUCUUCUUCCUCUUCAGCAGUUGCUGCUUCUGACUCUGAUUUUUCGGCAGAUCCGACAAUGAUUAUCAAACAGAAGUUUUCGGUAGAUCCGACAAAGACCAGUAAUGAAACGCUAAAAAACCAAACACUUAAUAAAUUGCCGACGGACAUGAAACAGAAUAAAUAG